AUGCUGCGAUUACCGCCGCUGCGGACAAGGCUCGUUCGUCCCUGCAGCGUCCCAUCCGUCGUUCGUGCACUAUCGUCCUCCUCGUCGUCGUCGCCGCCGCCGCCGCUGGUUCGCAUUGAAAACGCCACAUUCUACGAAAACUAUCCGACCCCAGAAGAUGAAGCCAAGGGCGCGAACCCACCGUUAUUCCCGAACCUAAAUUUCCUCCUUCCAUCUCAGCCAGGCAAAGAAGGCCAUCAGCAUUGGGCUAUCAUUGGGUCCCCUUGCCGGACGCAGUUCCUCAACGUGCUUCGCGGCCAGUACAUCUGUAUCCCACCCACUGGACGCAGCUAUCCGUACCUCCUCACAGACAACAUUGCGCAGAAGGACACUCGGUUACGGGACCCCGCCAAUGCGAUUCAGUAUAUUGGUUUUAGUGGCGAGGGCUCGGGGGCGAUUGGCGGCACGCGCGGUGCAUACCUGAGUGCUCGGUAUGAGAGUUUGCGGGAGGAGACCGACUGGACCGUCCAGCAAUACCUGAAGGGCCAAACGUCGCUCAACCCGUUGGAGGAAGAAAAAGACGGCACUGUUCGUGAUGAGGACCUUUUUUUCCGAGUUGUCAAGGAUUUGCGCCUGGGGGAUCUGCUAGACAUGCCCGUCGCAAACUUGAGCAAUGGUCAAACAAGACGGACGCGCAUCGCAAAGGCUCUGCUCGGCAAGCCGGAGCUUCUGCUGCUCGACGACCCCUUCAUGGGCCUUGAUCCAGCUACUGUUCGAAGCAUAUCGGAGCUCCUCCACCGGCUAGCGAACAAGUCGGAUCCUCGACUGGUGCUGUCUUUACGACCGCAGGAUCCAAUCCCAGAUUGGAUCACUCAUCUUCUCGUCACCGGACAUUCAAACCGAGUACUUUUGCAGGCGACGCGGGCUGAGGCCCAAAAGCACUUCGUUGUAUGGGCCAAAAAGACCGGGAACAGCAGGAGAAUAAAUGCUAAUGAGCGGGCGAUCGCUGCAAAAGUUCAAGGCGACAUUCAGGCAGGCUACCUCGACAAGCAGCUCGUCUUUGAUUUGCAACUAGUGCCCUCAUCGGAAGAGAACCCGGUACAGUUCCAGAUGCCCCCCGACGGCGAGGCGCUCAUUGAGAUGGGUGGAGUGCGUGUGCAAUAUGGGGACAAGGUCGUGCUGGGAGGCUGGUCUCAGAAUAUCAGGAAGAAACCUCAAGAGGGCUUGCACUGGACUGUCCGCCGCGGUCAACGCUGGGUGAUUCUCGGCCCCAACGGCUGCGGCAAGACUACUCUCCUCUCCCUUAUCACCUCCGACCACCCACAAACUUACGCCCAACCCAUCAAGCUCUUCGGUCGCUCCCGCCUCCCUGAACCUGGGAAGCCGCCAAUCUCCCUCUUCGAGCUCCAAUCCCGCAUCGGCCAUUCUUCUCCUGAAAUUCACGCCUUCUUCCCCCGCCAGCUCACAGUCCGCCAGGCGAUUGAAUCUGCUUUUGCAGAAACCUUCCUCUCUAAACCAGCCCUCGAUCACGAUCGGGAUCUCGACGUCUCUGCCGCUCUCCGCUUCUUCAGGCCAGAACUUGACCCUAAUUUCAAGGCUAGCCUGAAAGAGGGACCCCCCAGCGUCUGGCUUAACCGCCAAAACUUUCCCGAAACCAGCAAGACUUUCAAAGGCCGUACUUUCGAACCAGAAUAUGACGUCGAGUACGCAGACACCCUGACUUUUGGUCAGCUCUCCACCCCGCAGCAACGCCUCGUCCUCUUCCUUCGUGCCCUCAUUCAUAAGCCAGACAUCGUCAUCCUUGACGAACCAUUCUCCGGCAUGUCUUCCUCGGUACGCGACAAGUGCAUUCACUUCCUAGAAGUCGGCGAGCGGAACGCCGUUUCAACGGCUACUAGACGCGCCGGCGGUAAAAACCCCUGGACUGUUGCCGUCACGGGUGACGAGGGCGACAAAGAUGUCCGUUUUCAGAGAAACAUUCUCGCUGAAAAGCGACACUUCGGCCUUACGGACCAGCAAGCGCUUAUAAUGAUCAGCCACUUGCGCGAAGAAAUCCCUGAUUUCGUCCGGCACUAUAUCCGCCUGCCCUCCGCGCAAAAUGACGACGCCACAGGGUUGGACUUCAGGUUCGGUUAUCUCAAAGGGAAAAACGCGCUGCGUCAACCGCCUGUUUGGGACCUGGCUUGGACGCAUAAGGACAAAUUUGAAUCAAUGGGCGCGAGGAGGAAUUUCAGGCGGGCGCCGGACUCGAAUGAGACUGAUGAAGAUGUGUAUGAAUAUUGGUCUAUUUGAGUUAACUGCAACCUGUCUGCUGUAUAUUACAUGGCUCCAAGCCGGACUAUCUUGAUAGAG